AUGGCCAGGACAAAGGGUCCCGUCUUCCGUGUCACGGGCUUGCCAGGCUCGCAGCCUGACGAUGAGCUGGCUACGUCGCUGAAAGCUGCCAUCGACGAAAACUUGGCCGAAGAAGAGCAAACGAAGCUGGCUGCCAGCGUAGCUAUCGUCCCUUCCUGCUACCUCCAUGAUGAGAAGGUCGCGCUGGUGGAAUUUCCUGGCGGGGCGCCCGCCUUCCUGUCCGGACUGAUUGACAACCCACUAGGGGACUGGCAGUUGGAAAUGGGCGAUACGGAUAUCAGCUUUGACCAGCAUUUCUUCGGUUUCACACAGCUAUACAGGCCAAAAGUAGAUUCGUCAGUUACUGCUGAUGUCAUUGCCAUAACCGGCCUCGACGGCCACGCAUACGGGUCAUGGAGGGGAAAAGGGAACCUUGGGCGGAUGUGGUUGCGUGACUUUCUGUCCAAGGACUUGCCGCGCUGUCGCACGAUGAUCUACGGGUACAAUUCCAAGCUGUCGAGCCAUGGAACCGACACAAUCAUGGAUUAUGGGCGGGGGCUGAUGGAAGAACUGAAGAAAAUCCGGGACACCGAAGAUUGUCUCGUGAAGGCCGUCCAAACUGACGAAAACGACCACCCAACAAUAACAUCUCUGCACAAAGCUACCUACGGCAUGCUUUUAUUCGGGAUUCCGCACAAGGGGCUAUUAGUGGAUGAUAUUCAGAGGAUGCUGGCUGGGCAGGGCGACCACCCGCGAAAUAUGCUACUUCAGCAGAUCAAAUCCAACUCUGACUUACUAGCGAAUCAGCUGGUGGAUUUCAGGAAUCUCAUCCGGGACAGAAAAGUUGUGAGCUUUUACGAGACUGGACAGACUAGGUGCCUUGAGUUUGAUGACAAGAGUAAACGGUGGAAAAGGACUGGUGACUUUGUCACGGCGGUGGAUGCCGAUUCGGCUCUUCUUCAGCUUCCGGAGAACAUGGAGGAAAAGAUUCCUCUGAAUACUGAUCAUUCAAUGAUUGUCAAGUUUGAUAACAGGGGCGCCCUGGGGUACAUGAGUGCACGGGACAAACUUAAACAAUUUGAACAGGAUGCUCCGGGUGUAGUUACAAAUCGCUUCUUACGAGCACAUAACAGGCCCAAGCCGUUUAUCAUGGUCCCAUUCCAGAGAGAUCUCUCGUUUGUGGGUCGCGAGGACAUCCUGGCUGAGAUACGUCACAAGUUUGAUCAAGAAGCGCCACAGAAUCAUGCACGAAUGGCUGUCGUCGGCCUAGGAGGUGUAGGGAAGUCCCAGAUUGCCAUCGAGUAUGCGUACAGAGUAAAAAAAUCUUCCCCGUACACCUGGGUGUUUUGGGUACAUGCGAGCAACGCCACCAGAUUUGAGCAAGCCUAUAGAGAUAUUGCUACCAGGGUUGAGAUUCCCGGCUACAAUGACCCAAAGGCUGAUAUCCUCCAACUGGUGUAUCACUGGCUUAGUGAUGAGAGAAACGGCCGAUGGCUUAUGAUUGUCGAUAACGCUGACGACGACCGGGUGUUCUUCUCUCCUAGGGCUGGCUCAGAUCACUUCGCGCACUCAGAAGACUCCCAUCGCGGAGCAAUAGGUUUGGCGAGGUUUCUGGCCCAAGUUUCAAAUGGACGGAUCCUAGUCACUUCAAGAGACCUUCUUGCAGCAGUGAACAUUGUGGGUACGCAACGUAAUGUCAUCCGGGUUGAGCCCAUGGCCGAAGGGGACGCGCUGGCGUUGCUGAGGACUAGGGUUUCAUUCGAUGAGCCGUCCGAAGGCGAUGCAAGAGAACUUGUGCGGGCUCUAGAAGGCAUCCCGCUGGCUGUUGCUCACGCAGCAGCGUAUAUUGCAGUGAGCGAGACGGGGAUGACCAUCUCGAGGUACCUCAAGCUAUUCCGCGAAAGCGAGCAGAACCAAGCAUACCUCUUGAAUAACCAGGAGACCAGAGAUCUAAGAAGGGACGACAGUAUAUCAGACGCUGUUAUCACGACCUGGCAGAUAUCGUUUGAGCAGAUCAAAGGGACAAAGCCAGCGGCUGCAGAGCUGCUUUCUCUCAUGACCAUGUUUGACCGGCAAGGGAUUCCUGAGCAUCUGCUGCAUGAUGGUAGAAGUAUAUUGGAGUUCCACGACGCAGUAUUGCCCUUAACACGAUUCUCUCUAGUUAGGACCCAGGCCACGAAGUUGCCAGCGCACCAGCCGGAGGAGCAGCUGUAUGAGAUGCACAGCUUAGUGCAGCUAUCGACGAAAAAGUGGCUAGAGGCAAAUAGCCAAAUGGCCAGAUGGCAGAAGAUGUCACUUAGAAUCAUGGCUGCUGCUUUCCCGAGCGGGCAGCACGAGACAUGGGCGGCUUGUCGAGUUCUCAUUCCUCACGCGAGAAAGGUACUCGGCUACGUCAACGGAGAGAAUGAAGCAACGCUGAAUCGAGCGGCGAUUGCAAACAAUACAGCAUGGUACCUACUCCAUAUGGGCGAGUAUGCGGCAGCGGAAGAAACCAUUCGAAGUGCAAUAAAAGCCAGAGAGACGAUACUUGGACUAGAGGACCGGGACACUCUGGAAGCAGUCGACAGACUCGGAGUAGUCUUGGAAAAACAAUCUCGAUAUCAUCUAGCGGCUGAAAUGAAUCGGCGAGCAAUUGACGGUAGGAAAAGGUUACUAGGAGACCGAGAUCCUCUCACCCUGGAGAGCUUGAGCAAUCUAGCCGUCACAUUGGAUGGUCAGGCGAAAUACUCAGAGGCCGAGAAACUAAACCGUAUGAUUCUGCAGGCGCGGGUGAAUAUAUAUGGAACAGAAGCAACAUGCACCAUUGAGAGUAUGAAUAAUCUCGCGUCCAACUUGAGACACCAGUCCAACUAUGCGGAGGCUGUAGAGCUGUUUACCCGGGUACUCAACUACAGAGAGAAAACUAUGGGAAAAGAACAUCCAGGCACGAUGGAGAGCCUCAGUAACUUAGCGCUAACGUUGGAGGGUCAAGGCCUGUACGACGCCGCGGUAGAGCAAAGCCAGGAAGCGCUCAAGAGGAGGACAGAUGUACUGGGGAAAACGCAUCCGGAUACAUUGACAAACAUGAGUAACUUGGCUUUGCUUUUGCUCAAGCAAGGCAACAUUGAAAAGGCCGAGAAACUGAGUCAAGAGGCACUGCAUGCAAUUGAGGCCCGUCUAGGUCCGUCAAAUAUGGAUACUCUGACGGUGAUUGCCACACUCGCUGGAGUAUCAAAAAUGCGCGAAAACUAUGAAAAGGCGGAGGAACUCUACCGUAGAUCACUCACUGGAUUCGAGCAACAGCUUCCACCGCAUCAUCCCCAUAUAUUACGCACUCUGAUAAACUUAGCAAGUGUGCUGCGGAGACGGAAACAAAAUGAGGAGGCGGAAAACCUAUUUCGUAGGGCACUGGAUGGCCUGAAAGAGCGGAAUGAGGUCUAUCAUCGCGAUGCGCUAAUCUGCUUGACCAAUUUGGCUAUAGUUCUCGAAAAUCAGGGAAAGCUGACUGAGGCGGAAAACGCUAACAGAGAAGCGCUGCAAGGCUUUGAAAAAACAAUGUGUGAGAAUCAUCCUGAUACUAUACAGUGUCUCGAGAAUCUUGCAGGUCUGUUGCAGGCACAGGACAAGUAUGAGGAUGCAGAAGUGGUGGGCCAGAAAGCUAUGAAUGGAUGCAAGGCCAAAUUCGGACCGAGACACUCAAAAACUCUCCGGAAUAUCGCAAAUCUGGCCCAUAUACUACAUCGCCAAAACCGACAUCGCGAGGCCUGGGAGAUGUAUCAAACAGCAUGCACUGGAUUCAAAGAGGCAGGUAUAGACAGCAAGGUCUCGCGGGUUUGUUUUCAACGGUUUGCGGAAAUUCAGAAAGAGAUGAAGCCCAGUGAGGCGUCUUUUAUGUUGGAGAGAGAAACCACAACGCUAAAAGGGGCUGAAGACAACAAAUCACGCCAGGAGAUAGUAUCUCAAGCGGAAGAGACUGCUGCAUCAUAUUCUGGGUCUAAGCGUCGAAGACAGACAUUAGAGAAUGACGUUGCUGAGGAUGGAGAUACAGUCAAGAAGCGGCUUCAGUUGGUUACAUAG